GUCAGCAUUUCCGCUGCGCCCGCAUUGUAUUCUGGGAUCACAAUGGCGGAUACCUGGAGCCAGCUAUAUCUGGGAGCGGGGCUGACGGUCCUCUCACACCCGCUCAUGUAUGUGAAGGUGCUAAUCCAGGUUGGUCAUGAACCCAUGGUUCCGGUUAUGGGCCGGAACAUCUUCAGGCGAUCAGUUCUCCAGCUGCCCGGCCUCUUUACAUAUGCCAAGCACAUUGUGAAAAUCGAUGGAAAGCGAGGUCUCUUUAAAGGACUAACACCUCGUCUGUGCGCAGGAGCUAUUGGGACACUUGUACAUGGCAAAGUGCUGCAGAGCUACCAGGAGGUGAAAGAAAAUGAGUGUACUGAAAUGGAGAAAAUUGGGGAUGAGCCGUCAAUGCACCGUGUGUUUGAAGAGACAAUGCGGGAGAUGAUUGCUCGCUCCACAGCCACCAUCGUCACUCACCCCUUCCAUGUGAUCACCUUGCGAUGCAUGAUACAGUUUAUUGGCCGUGAAACCAAGUACAGUGGGAUAUUUGGUUCUGUAGUAACAAUCUAUAAGGAAGAGGGGUUUCUGGGCUUUUUUGCUGGCCUGAUUCCUCGGCUCCUGGGUGACAUGAUUUCUUUGUGGCUUUGCAAUAUGCUGGCAUAUCUCAUCAACACCUAUGCAUUGGAGCCCCCCAGCCAGGGCUCCCAGAUCGGAGAGCUGAGGAGUUACUCUCAGGCUGUGACUGGGUUCCUGGCCAGUAUGCUGACCUACCCCUUUGUGCUCGUGUCCAAUCUGAUGGCAGUCAACAACUGUGGUCUGGUUGGUGGUCUCCCUCCUUAUGCAGGUGUGUACACUUCAUGGAUUGACUGCUGGCGCCAGUUGAGCAGAGAGGGAAACCUGAGCCGAGGGAACAGUCUAUUUUUCCGGAAGGCUCCAGCUGGGCGAAUGUACGCAGUUGAACAAAAAUGAUUUGUGUAGAUGCACUUGGUGAUGAGUUUAUGAAUGGAAAGGAGGAUGGGGUGGGAGCUGGUGUCUAAUUUGUAUGAUUCUGUUUACAAUGGCGUACAUGCCGUUUUUAAUGAUGUAUUGUUGAUCCACACUGGCACAAUGUGUUAUUUUAUGAUGGAAUGAGAUUGUCUGAUUUAAAGAGGAAAGUAUUUUAAUUCCCUGUUUGUUCCCCAGUGGUUUGUGUAAUGAGUGGUCUUUGUUGGGGGGUGGAAAUGGUGUUCUGAGUGCCGUGUACCUAGGAAUGGGGCACUUUGUUCUCCCAGCACCAUUCCAAUAAAAUCUGGAUAAUCUUGCCCGGUGUUCCCAGCUUUGGUGAACACAAAGCGGGGAGAAGGAGGAGUUCGAAUGACAUAUCUGUUAUCACGGUUACUCACCAUCCACUUCCAGCAGCAUCACCACUCUGUCUUACACACACCUGACCCUCCCAGGAGGAAAACAGUUCAAAACUCCUGGCCCAGUUCCCUCCUUGUUCAACUCUCUUCUGUCCUACAACAACUGUUUGAGAGUUAGUGAAUGAAGAGAGAGGGGAAGAUUCUAUAUGUGACAGUUCAUUAUCCUCUGCUCCUUUUAAUAGCUAGGAUUUCAGUGGCAACUGUUCAGUAGAAACAGGAUCACUGCGGAACAGGGUCCUGAUGACCCCUCGCCUUCACUAGGAAGGAGGAAACAGUACUGAUGACAGUGUGUACCUCACCACAGUGCCCAUUUUUCCUGGGUUGGUCCGAGCAAUUACCUUAUUUUGCUGUUAGACUGGUGUAGCAUUGCAGCCAAGCCUGAUCUUGUCCGCACACUUUCCAGUAGGAUGUGAUUAGGAACCGGGACCUUGGCUGAUUCCCCACUCCCACCAGAGGCACUCAGAUCAAUUAUAGUAGCAGUACUGCAGCCUAGGCUGCGAUUGGCUAAUUUAGCACAGACCAUAGAUCCGUCCUGGGCCCUUGAGAUCUUCAGUGAUUCAGUGUGGCACUGGGCCUGUGCAUGUACCUUUUGGACCAACAGAUUAGACAGGACAGAAGUUCUCUCAGUUUUUUUUGUAAAUUAAUUUGCUUUUUUCCCCCUUAUUUUGCAACCAAAACAAAUCAGUCAACCCUCAGUGAGGAGCCAGCUGAUGUGAACAUUUGCAUAGCCCUGGGACAGUCCUGUCUGUAGUAACUGUCCACUACCAGCAGUGGGUAGUGCUGGACAGCCUCUCGUUCAGCACUGGUUCCUCUCUGAAGGAGGUACAACCAGAAAGAGCUGUAAAGCAGGCCUGUACAUGUAGGAUUCAUCAACUGCCACAUGUUGAAGUCUACUCCAUAAAGCAGAUUGUUCAGCACUGUCAUUUUUUGUAUAAUGUAUCAUCCUGACAGUGGCUGCUCCCCAUGCUCAACAGACUCUGCUUACACUCAACCAUUUUGCUUGUUCCAUGAAUGUUAUCCUGCUAAGUUGAGUUUAGUAAAACUACAUCUUGAACUAAUUAAAAUGUUUGAUUCCGGUA